GGCUCCGCUCAGCUCAGGUGGGACCCGGGUCGGGUCGGGUCGGGUCGGGUCGGGCCGGAUGGGAUCAGUUCAGAUCGGGUCGGAUCAGAACAGAUGGGAUCAGUUCCGCUUGGAUCCGAUCGGACCGGCUCAGCUCAGGUGGGAUCAGCUCAGAUCGGAUCGGGUCAGACUGGGUCAGAUGGGAUCGGCUCCGCUGGAAUCGGACCGGGUCGGAUCAGAUGGGAUCGGCUCCAAUUGGGUCAGGUUGGAUCGGAUCGGAUCAGAUGGGAUCGGCUCCAAUUGGGUCAGGUCGGAUCGGGUCGGAUCAGAUGGGAUCGGCUCCGCUGGAAUCGGACCGGGUCGGACUGGGUCAGCUCAGAUGGGAUCGGAUCCACGCGGGUCGGACCGGGUUGGAUCAGAUGAGAUCAGAUCAGCUCAGAUUGGAUCGGAUCAGCUCCACUCGGACCGGGUCGGAUCAGGUCGGCUCAGAUGGGACUGGAUCCACUCGGAUCGGACCGGGUCGGAUUGGGUCAGACAGGAUCAGCUCAGCUCAGAUUGGAUCGGGUUGGAUCGGGUCAGCUCAGAUGGGAUGGGAUCACCCAAAUCGGGUCGGAUGGGAUCCGCUCUGCUCUGCUCAGCCCGGAUUGGAUCCAACUGGACCGGGUCAGCUCAGCUGGGAUCCGCUCAGAUGAGUUUGGUGCAGCUCAGCUCGGCUGGGAUCAGUUGGGAUCGGAUCAGAUGGGAUCGGAUCGGGUCGGAUCGGGUCGGAUCGGGUCAGCUCAGAUGGGAUCGGGUCAGAUGGAAUCAGAUCAGCCCAGUUCCGAUGGGAUCAGCUCAGAUUGGAUCGGAUCGGAUUGGAUCAGUUCAGCUCAGAUUGGAUCGGAUUGGAUCAGUUCAGCUCGGAUUGGAUCGGAUCGAAUCAGUUCAGCUCAGCUCGGAUCGGAUCAGACGGGAUCAGCUGAGCUCACCCAGAACCGACAGCGCAGCUCCAAUGGACGGAACCGGCACCGCUCAGCCCCGACAGCCCAGCCCGGCUCUCUGGAUCACCCGGCCCGGAUCAGCCUCGACGGAGCGGCUCCACCCGAACCGGGAGCGGACCGGCACCGCUCCGGAUCCCCAGCACCCGGCUCCUCCCGGCACAGCCCCACCCGGCUCAGCACGGUUCG